UGUCUUCGUCCACCGGCUCGUCCCCGCCCGCGUCCGCCAGCGACCACAGCGCGUCGCCCGUGCACAGCGCGUCCAGCGCCAGCGGCGGCGUCGCCAGCAAGAAGAAGUCCAAGUUCGAGUUCUUCUCAGACCGCUCAAGGCAUGGGAGCGGUGGGAGUGGAAUUUUUUCUCGACGGCAAGAUUUCAGCUCAUUCAAUUCAUUGCCACGUCACAAGCUGAAUUCGUAUCAGAUAAAGAUGGAGGAUGAAGGAAAUCAUGGCAACGAUGACACACGGUGCUUUAUUCUGUCAACACUUGCAGCUCUUCACACAUCACGAGUUAUGUGCAUUCUGUGUCAGACUCCUAUGUUGGUGUUUGACAGAUAUCCCCUUGUUGAUGGUACAUUCUUCUUGAGUCCUCGCCAGCAUAAUAAGAGCUGUAUUGAGUGUAACAAUUGUCAAAAGCCUAUGCUACAUCCUCACCAACGACUGAACUUUUUCUCGGACUACAGUCACCAGUUACCAUGCCCUCAUUGCCGUGCUGUUGACUGUCACUUUGUGAAGCCACUGGCUCACAUGUAUAUACGAGAUUCAACACCAGCAUGGCCUUAACACUGUUCCUCUGGUUAGAAGUGCUGCAUUAGGCUAGAUCAUUCAUCGGCUACAUGAGCUUGAACUUCUACAAAUUUGACUGAAGAAUGCACAAGCCAUUGCCUCAAGGUAAGAGGCACUCGUGAAGCCAACGAAGCAUUUCUGUUUCCUAUGGGUUUUUUCUGGGUAUAUGAGUAUAUUCUGUUGUUUCAUCUUGGAGAAUCGUGUUGCAAGGUGGUACAUUUCAAUAGACUGGAAUAUACUAUAUGAAGUAGUGUAUUAUGUUCUUCCUUACUUCGAUUGUGAGUUGCUGAUUCUUCAUUAAUGAAAUGAGAAUCUAAGACAAACAACAUUACAAAAUCUUACUUAUUUUUGGGAAAGCAUUUCUGAUUAUCAAAAUAUAAUUAAGAUGCUGUAUAUUAUGUGUGUAUAUUCUACAUUCAUUUCCAAGAAAAUUUCCUUUGGUGUAAAGGAAGUUGAUAUAUAUAUAUAUGUUUAUUUCAUUAUGUUUGGAGAUGGAUUUUCAGUAGAUUAGCUUUAUAUACAAGUAUGUACAUUCACUUGAACUAAAGGCACUAAAAACUUUUUUUUGGGGAGGGGGGUGUAUUUACAAAGUACUUGAAGUCUAUUGCCUAUACAAGAAAAAGUAUUGUUCCCUCACAUCAUGAUAAAAUGGCAAUGCAGUCACAAAUAAAAUGGUAUGUAUUAAUACACACUACAUACAAACAUAUUAUAUUCAUAUAGAAUGCAUAUGAUAUUUUUUGCAAGAAGAAUAGAAUGUCUUUGGAACAAAACUUCUAUAGUGAAGUGAAAACUUAUUUUCAAUUACACAAGUGAUUUAAGUAUUGUAGCUGUGAAAAUAGUAAUAUUUGAAAUAUUUGUAAUGAUAUAAUGAAUCAUUUGUAAUAUGUAACAAAAAAAUUUAAAUCUGUAGAUGUUCCCCGUCCAUUGGUAAAACCAUGAGUGCAACGUUUAAUGCUGAUUUUGGCUUUAUUAUGUUAAUUUGUAGGCACACAAUUCUUUAUUAUAAGCAGGAUUACUUUUGUGCUGUAACCUAAGGAAGCUUAGUAGAAAUAUUGUAAGGUAGCUCAGUGGAGGAUAAUUUGAUGCCUCUUGAAAUUAGAAAUUAAUUGGAAUCAUAAUCAGACGUGUUAUUCAUUAAGCAAUUAAAAAAUUGAUAAGCAUACCAAAUAAUUCUCAAAACCUGAGCAAAUCUGCAUAUUUUAGGUUUUCAGUAAUGGAACUUGUUAAUUUCUUGGUUAGUUAAAAAUCUACUGUCCUUUCAAAAGAAGAUUGUCUUUUUUAUAUUUGAAUGUUAAGAAGCAUACAUUUAUUUAGUAGGAAUACCGUUACCCUUUCUUAUUUCUUCUCUUCUUGAAAUAAUAAAUAAAUUUAAAUGUAUUCGUGUUAUUUUAAAAAUAUUAACUUCCUGAAUAGGAAUUUUGUUUGUUUUUUCUUCAUUUUACUAAUUGGGAAACUAUUGGAUCUUUUUGUGCCAUGUACAGCAACCAAUUUUAAUUUUGUGACGAAUACUUUGGGGGAAAAAAAAUAAUUAUUAUUUUUCCAUUUAAUUUUAACAUUAAUUUAUCUUUCUGUUAAAUCACUGAAGACAUUGUUUCAAUUGCAGGAAUUUAUUUUCAUUCAAUUGAUAAUAUCUCGCAUAUUAAUGUUCAUGUGUGUACAUUCAAAACAAUAUAUUUUAUUAGGUGUAAAAUUUCUUGAUAGUAAUUGCAGUCAGUUAACUUACUUUUUGAACUCCAAUAUUUCAUUCACUCUUUUUAAUUUAAUUUAAGUUUACUUUAUUUGUCAUGUAAAUUGUAGGUAGUAAUUUACCCCAUGGCAAAAAAUGGAAAACAAUUCGCUGUAAAUCUAAAAUAGUAAUAUUCAUAUGUCAGAUCAAAAUUAAUAGGUCAUAAUGAAAAAUACUUUCAAAUGAUUUCAAUAAAUUUUAUGUUUUUUUUUCUCUAACUACCAUAUUGUGAUCAUUAUUUCAUUUCUAUGGAAGUAAUUAUUUGUUGCAUUUUUGAAGCAUUUUAUUGGAUGUAGUUUCUUCAUUAUAAUACCAAGAAGUUGUCAUUUUUUUUGAGAGAUUGUAUUCAUGAAGGUAUCCAAUUAUUCUCUGGUGUGUCAUGUUAUUGGUUCAUUGUAUUACAUUUUCAGUUUUAUUUACAAUGUUCUCAUUACUGUAAACUACCCCACCUCUUGGGAUGCAACACAUCUCAACGUUUCAUAUCUGUAGAUGUGUAUUCAACUAAGUUUAAUAUAAUAAUUUUUUCAACAUCAAAUAAUAUUUUUUGCUCAUCGACAUUACAAUUUAUUCAUUCUCUCAUUCAACAAAUUUUGUCAAUUCAUGGGUUUGUGAAAAAGUGUUAUAUUGUGCUUAGAAAUUAUUCUUAUUUAACACAGAACACAAAAAUGUAAAUCUAAAAAGGCUUUUCUAUGAAAGGACUUGAUGAAAUCUAUUAUGAGUUAAGAUUACUUUUCAUACAGUAAUCACUAUAAAAAUUUAUACAGGAAGUGAGAUAAUGGUGCUCCUUGUGCCUUCCAGGAUUCAUAUCUCAUUUCCAUUGUCAAACUGAAAAAAUUUUGAAAUAAUUAGAAUGUCGGAAGAUAGAACAUCAAGAUUUUCAUUUCUUUAAUGACUGGUGCCUGUGAGAAAGGUCUUUCACAUCUCUUCCUCCAAUUACUCUCCUCCAUUUUGUUCUGCUAUACCUGUUGUCAUAAACACAUGAUUUGCAUUAUAGUGUUCUUAUAAAACAUCUUCAAGAAUUAAUUAGUGCAUUAUGAUGUGAAAACAAUGUGAUUUGAAAAUGAAACGUUAUGCAAAGAAGCUGAUAUGAAUGAACAUACAGAAACAAAUAGUGCUGGAAGUUAGAUAGUGAUGCCACGUAUGUUUCUACUUAUUCUUCACAUACUAGGACAAGCUGCAUAAUGCAACAUGUCUUGUGAUGUUACCUGGCAAAUUAUGCAUAGAACUGAACUAAUUCUCUGAAGAUUGUAUUAAAACCAUGUGCAAUGCUUUCCCAAUACAUGAAAUGGUUCAUUUUCUGUGGUGUUUUGUUGUUAUUUUUUUACAAUUUCUUACUAUUGAAAGUAUGGAGAUAAUUUCCUGUCAGAAGUGACUUCAGAAGAAUGAAAUCAAUACGUUGCUGAUUUUUCAAUGUUGACACAGGUAUUGGAACUUUUCUAUGACACUUAUAGUAGAGUAUUGAUAGCAUGAGUAUUGGUUUUGUAGUAUGUAUUCAUAGUCUGUGCCUCAUCACUUAUUGUCCCUCUUAGAAAGUGAUGAUGUCAGUGGGAAAAAUGUAGGUAUUGAGAAUUGGGAAGAGAUACUACAACCUGGCCUAAUUAAGGGACUUUUCCAGUAAUUGCCCUGGAGCUGCUGGAAGAACCAAGAAAAUAUUUCGACAUGCAUAUAUUGUUCCAGAAUAUUUUUUAUUUAAAAGAUAAUUGGUAUGCUUGAUCAAUUAUUUUUGGAAAAAAAAAAAGAGAAAAAAAACUUAAUCGAAAUUUAAAUCUAAUAGUUUUAUGAAACUGUUGGUCUAGCAUGCCCAAUAACCUUUUAUUUACAAUAGUUAUGAUGAGUAAUCCUUGUAAUUUAUUUGCAUUUGCAAUUCAGCAUAUUUAGAAGGAUAAUACAACUCUAAAAGAAUUCAGAAUAUAUAUGUAUUUUACACAACAUUUGUCUUCAUUGAUAAUUGUAGUUAUAGUAGUAAUGUGAUGAUACAGAAAAAUGGCUUUCAAAUAUUUACCCUAUUUGUGUAUCACUCAAUAGAUAGUUUAUAAGAGAAAUCAUUUUCUACAUGUAUAUGGUGUUUCAAAACAUAGAGAGAUAUUAACUCUUAGUGCUGUGUUCUGUGUUAAGAUAUAAACAAGAAAUUCAUUAUGUAUUUUUACCAACCAUAUUUUGUGAAACAAGAAUGAUAUUUUAAGGUCCUAGGGGACUUGUUCAUUGACACACAACGGUAUGAUGACUGACACAUGUAAUUCUUGCAUUUCAAAUAUAUCAUAGUAAAUGCACAUGAGGUUACAUACCCAUGGAAGUUGGUUGCUGCUAAGAAUCUUCAGCAGUUAUUUAGUGCCACGAAAGGGUAGAAAACGUGCUUUAAUCAUUAGAUAACUUUUGCGAGUGCAAGAAUUGUUUGAUACAAUUCUUGAUAUUGGUAGGUUACAAGUAAGUAUCUCGAAUGCUAAGUGUGGAAUGGUGUGAAUGAAUGUUUUUAUAACAUUUUGUCCCUAAGAUUGAUAUUGAAACAGAGGGCUUGUAUUUUAUCUUAAAGAUCAAAAAUACUGUGAAAGGUGAAAUAAUUUUCAAAUAUAUUGUGAGGAAAGGAUGUUAGUGAUCGCUGGCAAAAGGAUUUGUUAAGUUUUU